UUUGUAAGUCCGAAUGGCACUUACUUGGUAAGGUCAAGGCGAUCAUUGUGUGUCCUCCUCGAUUUACCUCCUUGUCGACGCUGUUCCGACGGAGGAUCUAUAUCCCGCUGGUAACCUAGACUUGGUCGAUGCUCGAUAGUCUCCAGUUGUCGAGGAUGAGACAGUCAUAGUUUCUUCACUAAUCAGUCUCAUCUCGACGUAAGAAUUCCCAGUUAUAAACACCUACGAGUCCCCCCGUCCCUGUUCCCCUCUGUUUCUACUUCAGAACACUCACCAAUCAGCCGCACACACUAUCGUUCAAGACUUGCUUGUCUCCUCAACAGAUUGAAGCACCCAUUGAGCAUCUCCUCGACAACAGCUCGCUUUUGUAAUAAACAUGGACAUCUUGCCGCGCGGUUCCUUCAACGUCAAUCCCGCGACAGGGGUGGACUUGGCCAUCUCUGACCACGUAUCUGACUUCCUCUGGGCUGUCACAGCCGUCUACACAGUCGCCUUUUUUAUCAUUCUGGUCCCCUCUUUCACCGCUCCCGAAAGCAAGAGAGUUUUCAACUACACUCUGUCCAUGGCCCUUCUGGUCGGCGCAGUGACAUACUUUGCCCAAGCAUCCGACCUGGGUUGGGAUGCCGUCGAGCAGUCCAAUGGUCUCACCAGCCAGGUCUUCUACGCAAGAUACAUCAACUGGGUCGUCUCGUUCCCUGCACUGGUCUUGUCCCUCGGUCUCUUGUCGGGCAUCUCAUGGACCACCAUCAUUCUGAACAUUGUUUGCUCGUGGUUCUGGAUCAUCAACUACCUGAUUGCCGCUUAUACCACCACCAGCUACAAGUGGGGCUUCUUCGCUUUCGGCACCUUUGCCUGUGUCAUCCUGGCCAUGAGCACCAUCAACGAGAGUCGCGAAUCGGCUGAAAAUAUCGGUAUCAGUCGCGACUAUCUCAUUCUGGCUGGUUGGGUGACUUUGAUAUGGACGUUAUACCCCGUUGCCUUUGGUCUGAGUGAUGGUAGUCAUGUCAUUGACGUCAAUGGCGGCUUCAUCUUCUUCGGGGUCCUCGACGUGCUCCUCCUACCAGUGGCAUCGAUUGGGUUCUUGCUUCUGUCAAGCCACUGGGAUUUUGCCGCACUGCAAUUGGACUUCAGCGAGUAUCGCGGCGUGCGCCAUAGCAGGAUUCCGUUGGAGAAGGGCGGUUCUUCUGAUGGGUCAGAUCGUCCAGGACCAGCCGAGGUGUGAGGCGCAGAUCUGCAAAGUGUCUGACCAGAGCUUCGUAUCAGCCUUCUUAGCGUUUCCGAGAGACUUGCAUUCUGGUCAAUUGACACCUCAGUUUUUGAAGGAGGAUUGCUGCGGUAUCACUUGGCAAAUUCGUGUUUGAACAAUUCUUUUCUUGUAAGGAGGAGUUUGCACAGCAUCAUAGACAUUUAGACAGGAAGGGAGUUUUACACAAGUCCGGUAAUUUGAAAAGAC